UUCAGAGCUUUCUGGAUAACUGAUUUCUGUAUAAUAGAUCCCAUACCUGUUUGUAGGGACCCUGAGAUUUGGGUGUAUUUUACUCAAGCAGUUUCCCCUUAGUAUUUGAACACCUAGGUGGGGUCCUUUAGUAUACACAGGCAGCUAUGUUUCCCUUCCUGGGUCCACUGGGGUUACUCUAGGCAGGGUUUGUCCACUAGGUGGCACUGUUUACAGUAUAAAGGGGCUUAGCCUCAUGUGUUCAAGGUCUUUCUUGUGACCUUACCUCACUGUGCGGUACUACAGGUCCAGGUUUACCAGUGCUAAAGUGAGAUAGUGUUAGUUAGUGACAGUAAGCUCUGGUUAUAGUUGCUCUAGGAGCAAUAGAAAGGCUCAGGGUAUAUAGUGAGCAGUUUCCACUCCAACGAGGAGAAGUAGUGGGGUUAGGUCCCCGUGGUGAGUACACCAUUAGCUCAGGGAUUCAGUGGGUGAGGACCAGUGAGGGUGCCAAGACCCAAGACCCCAAACUGACUAUUCCUGGGCAGGAAGCUAUACUCUCUGGGAGGAUUUUGCCCCAGGAGGUGUUUAUCCUAACUGUGCUAUUUCACCUGCUAAAAAAGGGAUACUAUUACCAUUACCAUUGGAAUCAAAGUGCCUGUGAAUGCCUUCAUUGCAACUGUUCACUGUGAAUAAACAAGUUAUUUUGCUGCAAGAAUCAUCUCUGUGAUUGGAUCCUUUGUGGCACUGAACUACACCAGGUACCGGGAGUUGCAAAGCACAAGUCAAGGGUCCUGGGCACAAGUCAAGCAGUUAGCCUGGUCACACACAGCAAUACUACACAGCCAAAAGCACACUCAAGGGUGGGCUACAUGUAGUUAAAGGAUUGGUCUUAUUUACCGGGCAGAAUAGAUAAAUGGAGUGUUUCCAGCAGUGUGGGUUUCAAAUGGACAUCUUAGUUUGUCAAAAGGAGAAAGAGGAACUGGGAAGGUCACUGGUUUAUGUCCUACAGAGCACUGGAAAGGCCAAGGAGUUCCUGGUCGACCUCGGAGUAGCAGAGAUAACUCAACAUGAUGGACAUGAUUCAUUACUAUUUCGAGAGAACAUUAUUGUCACUAAGGCCAGUGAGGAGUAUAUGAAGAUGGUGGGGCAGACAUAUCUACAGGAAACACUUGGCCCCUUUGUCACUCGUAUCUAUGCCUCCGAGGAUAGUCAUGAAGUUGACCACUUGCGUUGCUCCAUAGAAGACCUCAGUGAGAACAGAGGGCAGUUGUGGAGAAACUGCGAAGAGGCUGUAUAGAGUAUACUGCAGUCACUAGAAUCCCUCCCUCCUGAGCUCUUAGAAACCUUCUCAAGCUGGUAGGUGGAAGUGGCCCUGGGGGGUAGACCAGCUCUAGGUUCCUGGCUCCUCAGUGCCUCCUUAUUCCUGCGCUUUCUAUGCCUAGCCAUUCUCUCUCCGGGAUUAUUUAAUCUUUCAGACGAUCACCCACAUCCAUUUGCAGCCAGUGCCUUGACUAUGGUUGCCAAGGUUUUACAGAACCUUGCCAACUUUACCAGGUUUGAAGAAAAGGAAGAAUACAUGGGAUUUAUGAACGGAUUCCUAGAACAGUACGGGGAUGGCACGGCAGAGUUCCUUAAAGCUCUGGCUGAUCCAGAAAUUGAGGUUUCCCCAACACGGUACGAGAGCAGCACUGACUUGGCUUACGAACUUGCUGUGCUUCACUCCAUGCUGAGUGGGAUCUUCACUGAUGUCCAGCAGCAAACCAAAGACCAACUGGAACCACUACCCACAAUCCUCACGGCCCUCACUGAAGGCCAGCCUGUUCCAGCAAACAUCACUGGGCAUUCUGAUUAUGAUAACAUGCUGGAUGAAAAUGAUGAUCUCGUGUUUAUGACCCCAAGAGAACUAUCUAAGCUACCUCCAUUGGUAAAUAGAAGCCAGUCAAUGAUCAGCCUUCUGCGAGAGCACCUGCCUCCAGCCACGAGGAGCAAAGUACUAGAGAAGAAGAGCAGGCGUCAUGUGACCCACACACAAAGUAUCCCAGCUCAGGGUAGACCUGGUCGAGAGCGCAGAGGAGCAGAGGAGUCCACCAUUGGGAAAGACAUGGAGACAGGAGAUAAUACAAACUCUUUAAAGGUGAGAAGAAUCAGAAGGAAAUCCAAUUAUACCAGACCACCAUCCACACUUCCACGGCGAAAGUCGACCAUGCCAUUGUGCAGAAACAAGAGGCAGGGCUUAUGCAGUCAAAGCUCUGUGUAUGUAGCAUGA